UCAUAUACUUAUUUGACUUGAACUAUUAAUAAUCCCUGAUCGUAAAUGCUUUCACUUUUCUAAUUCAUAUUUGGAUCACAGAAUGGUUGUGGGAACGAAAGCGCAGACUUUCCUAGUUAAUGGAAAUGCACCUUGUAUUCCAAAUCUGACCAACAGCAUUAUGUCUGUUAGAAAUCUGGGCAAGAGCCAGCUUGGUGGUGUCAUAUUUGGUUGCAAGACCAGCACCUAUAAAGAAUGUCUAUUCAAGCAGCUUUUCGGCUUACCUGCUCAACACUUUUCUUAUGUGAAGAACAUUCAGCCAGGAUUGCCAUUGUUUCUGUUCAACUACAGUGAGCGGAAACUACAUGGGAUCUUUGAGGCUGCUAGCCAUGGUCAGAUGAACAUUAACCCAUAUGGAUGGACUGCUGAUGGUUCAGAGAAAACACAAUAUCCUGCACAAGUUCUGAUUCGUGUUCGACUACAGUGCCAACCUCUGCUUGAAGAACAGUUUAGACCUAUUAUUGCAGACAAUUACUACGGUCAUAAUCAUUUCUGGUUUGAGCUAGACCAUGUUCAAACAAGUAAAUUGAUGUCCUUAUUAGCAUCUUUAGCAGUUUCUCCAAGCACUUAUCUAACUCAAAAUACGGCAAAGUGGAGAAAUAUUUUCCAAACUCUUCCUUCAACUGGAAAAAAGGAGGAAGGUGCUCCUGAGGUGGAGCAUUCUAAUCACUCAAGUGGAAAUGUUGUUUUCUUCGAUGUAAUAAAAGUGGCAGAUGAAGGGUUUAAGCUCUCAGCUUCAGAGGUUGAGCAAUUUAGUCAGUCAAGUGGAAAAUCAGAUUCUACAGAUUUUGCUCCUUUUGAUUCAUUGGAAACUAAUAUAGAUGCAAAGAUAAGAGGACAAGAUGAGAAAGAUCUUAUAUUAAUUAAACUGAAAGAACUGGCUCAAAAACGUAAAGAUCAAGAUGUUUCUUUGAUGGAUAAUGUGGAGGAUUCCACUCUUAUGAAAGAGACAUACUUUGAAGAUAGGGUUUCUUUAUGGGAGCAAGUGGAUUUGGGGCAGAAGAAUGAGUAUGGUGCCUGUUCUUCACCACAUUGUCAAUCCCUUGUAGCUCAGUUGAUUCAAGGGAUGGAAGAGGUCAGGACAUUUAAAGCAGAACAAUGCAAAAAGAUGGUUCAAAUGGAGCAAAAACUGGUUGCAGCAGAAAUGGAAAUUAAACGACUACAAGAUCAUUGUCUGAUGUUGGAAUCCUUGUCUAAUCAUUCUGUGGAACAUGUUAAUGAAAAGGAAAUUCAGCCCUUUGAGGAGCUGCAAUUGGAUCCCACUGAGUCAAUAUUUUUGGUGGGAGGAUAUGAUGGUGAAUCGUGGUUAUCAGCACUGAAUUCUUAUUUCCCAUAUCAAGAUGUGAUAAAAUCUUUUCAGCCAAUGAGCUCUGUCCGUUCGUACACUUCAGCUGCACAGUUGAAUGGUGAGCUUUAUGUCUUUGGUGGUGGUGAUGGUUGUUCAUGGUAUGAUACAGUUGAAUCAUACAGCCCAUCAACUGACCAGUGGACCCUCUGCCCUUCCCUAAAGGAGGAAAAGGGAAGCUUAGCUGGAACUGCGUUGCAUGGCAAAAUAUUUGCCAUUGGUGGUGGGAAUGGGGUUGAAUGCUUUUCAGAUGUUGAAAUGCUUGAUUUAAUUGUUGGACAAUGGAUCAACACACGCUCAAUGCUACAAAAGCGAUUUGCUCUUGCUGCUGUGGAACUUAAUGGUACAAUUUAUGCUACUGGUGGAUAUGAUGGGAAUAAUUACCUGCAGUACGUUGUCAUGCCAUUUUCCUUUUAGGUUUUCUCCAUACACUUUUGUAUGUAUGCAUGCACACAUGGUUCCAUUUAUAAACCCAGCAGUAUACUAAUGAA